AAACCCCAGUCUUCAAUUAAUUUUCCUACUCACGUCGCGACAAAAACUGACAGCAGCCAUGUUCCUCUUCCCAAAAUACCCCUCCCCAGUUGCGUGACCCAACGGCUAAGCUUCUUCCUCUUCCCAAACGUGGCACUCAUCGACCGCAUUCACUGACAUGUCGGUUCAUUCCGAUUAUUAUGAGGCGCGAUGCAUACGAUCGUUGCUCCUUCCAAUGAAAACCCUGCGUUUUAGUGGAAAUUGGAAUUAUCCGACGUGUCAUUUCUUAAAAUUACAGGGUGUUUUUGGUAAAUUUAGGGUUUAUAACUGCACAGUGAAAAGAAUAAAACCUUAUCCAUUAUCAGUAAAAAAAUAAGAUGGAAAGAAACCCCAACAAGCUUUAUAAAAAGAACUCAACCAAAUCAAUCCAAACUCCAACGAUUUUCCGCUCCGAUUACAGAAAAAGUUAGUUUCAGAUUCCAAACUAAUUCACAAGUUUCCUUUCUCAUCUCAUGGCGACUGGAAAAAGCUGUUACGGCCGCUCCAACUACCGUUUCCUCUCCGGCGACAUCUCCGGCCACCACCACUCCUUCACUUCCGACUUACCGUUCGAACUCAACGAAUCGGACAUCUACAACUCCGGUAGUUUGAUAUCGCCGGAGAUUCGGCGAUCUCCGAUCCCGGCGAAGCGAAUCUCGAAAAAGCCGUCGUCGAAUCCAGUGGAGUUACGCGGUGGUGCUUCGUCGCUGCCGGUGAAUAUCCCGGACUGGUCGAAGAUUCUAAAGGAGGAGUACAGAGAGAAGCGGAGUGUUGAAUACGACGAGGAUAUGGAGGAAGACGAGGACGAUUGGGAGGAAAUGAGAGUGCCGCCUCACGAGUUUUUGGCGAGGCAAACGGCGAGGACUAGGACGGCGUCGUUUUCGGUGCACGAAGGAAUUGGAAGGACGUUGAAAGGGAGAGAUCUGAGUAGGGUGAGAAAUGCAAUAUGAGAAAAAAUUGGGUUCGAGGAUUGAAAUAUGAUUAUUAUGAAGGACUUAUAGUGUAAAUAAUUGUUGUAUGGGCGUUACUGGUAAGUUUCUGGAAAAUAGAAGCUCCAUUAAUGCUGUAAAAUAUAAUUAUUUCUUCUUCUUAUUAUUGUUAUUGAUUUUGCUGCUGGUUCUUA